AUGGAGCUCGCCACUCUUCAUACCUCUCAGCACCCAAAUCUGCCCACUUCAGCGGCAACGCUCUUCAGAGCAAAAGAAGCAAAGAAAUUGAGUUUCGAAAAGAUUGCCGCGCACCUUGGUCGCAGUGAGGUUGCUGUCGCUGCUAUAUUUUACGGCCAGGCCAAGGCAUCGCCCGAGGAUAUUCGUGGCCUGGCCUCGUUGCUCCAGAUCCCUCAGCACCCGCUGGAAGAACAGUUGAGUGGAUUUCCCGAUCGGGGUCGCUCGGUCGAGAUGCCUCCCAAGGAGCCUCUGAUUUAUCGUCUGUAUGAGAUUGUGCAGAACUAUGGAUAUGCGUAUAAGGCGGUGCUCAAUGAGAAGUUCGGCGAUGGCAUCAUGAGUGCCAUUUCUUUCUCGACCAAGGUGGAGAAGGAAACCGACGAGGAUGGGAACAAUUGGGCGGUCAUCACCCUGCGUGGUAAAUGGUUUGUAUAG